UCUCGGUGCCGCUAUUGCAGAAAAUGUCCAUAGCGGAUCGUAUUACACUGCGCUCCAUCUUUAAGCCACUUCAUGCGCCGUUAGCUGCCGGAGGAUACAACAGGACAGGAUACGUCCUCAGAGGCGUAAGGAAAUAGGCAACGCCUAGGUGGGAAGAAGAGAAAAUCAACAUUCUGAACUGAGUGGGCUGUUCUGGUGUCAUUUUUGAAAAACGAAAUGAUUGAGUCAAUAGAUACCCAGCGUGCUUUGCAGGCGGUGGAGCGUCUCCAGGCCAAGCUGAAAGAGAGGGGGGAUGUACCCACCGAGGAAAAACUCAGCCUGCUCAAAUCAGUCCUCCAGAGCCCCCUCUUCCACCAGAUUCUCACCCUGCAGAGGUCUGUGCAGCACCUCAAAGACCAGGGGAACACAGUAGGGACGUCGCUGUCUCUGAGCAGUGACCUGUGCUCAGUGCCCGUGAGUGAGUCCUAUGUGCUGGCCCAACAGAAUGGCAGUCAUGCAGCCCAGCUGGAGUCCCCAGGUGCAUUUGCCACAGUGCAAAUCAAUGGCAAGCCAUCACCUGACGAGUUUGAGGUCAUCAUUCGUUCCAUGGCUCAGGGUCGCUAUGUGACACACAUUGAGCUGCUGAAACCGGCCUCCGGGGGCCUGGGUUUCAGUGUGGUGGGUUUGAAGAGUGAAAACAGAGGAGAACUGGGCAUCUUCGUACAGGAGAUUCAGCUUGGAAGUGUCGCACACUGCGAUGGGAAGCUGAAGGAAGCCGAUCAGAUCUUGGCCAUCAACGGGCAGCCGCUUGACCAGACAGUGACUCAUCAGCAGGCCAUCAGCAUCCUGCAGAAGGCGGCUGAGAAGGUCCAUCUGAUUGUGGCCAGAGGCCCCAUUCCGCAGCUGGCCAGCCCCGUGGUGUCCCGCACGCCGUCUGCAGCCAGCACCCUGUCAGCGCACUCCAAUGCGACUCACUGGCAGCAUGUCGAAACAAUAGAGCUGGUGAAUGAUGGGACAGGCCUGGGGUUUGGCAUUGUGGGAGGAAAGACCACAGGCGUCAUUGUCAAAACCAUCCUGCCUGGAGGAAUCGCUGAUCAGGAUGGACGUCUGCGCAGUGGGGACCAGAUCCUGAAGAUUGGGGACACUGACCUGUACGGGAUGGGCAGCGAGCAGGUGGCCCAGGUACUGCGGCAGUGUGGCAACAGGGUGAAGCUGGUCAUCACCAGGGGAAGUUUGGAUGACAGCUCUGCUCAUCCAGUACUACUGCCCACGGUUGCUGAGCAACAGGGCUAUGAAGAGGAGGAUGUUGAUGCAUUUGAUGUGGAGCUCACCAAAAAUGCACAGGGGUUAGGGAUAACAAUUGCUGGUUAUGUGGGAGACAAGAGCUCAGAGCCCUCAGGUAUUUUUGUAAAGAGCAUCACAAAGGACAGUGCUGUUGAACAAGAUGGCCGGAUUCAUGUUGGUGACCAGAUCAUAGCUGUUGAUGGGACAGACAUCCAGGGCUACACCAACCAGCAGGCAGUGGAGGUUUUGAGGCACACGGGCCAGACGGUGCACCUGAAACUCGUGAGGCGGGGUUUCCGACCCGGGGACAUGCACUUACCUCUGGUCCCUGUUGUUGCUGAGUCCAAACCUCUGCCUGCUGUGCUGAAGGACUUCACUAUGGACAGAAUGGACAUAGACACCACACGGGAGAAGAACUUGUACCCCUCACUGUGUGGGAGCACUAGUCUGACUGCUACUGAGGAUGACCUCCCAGAUGUCAAAGAGGGCUCCAAGCUAACUGUGUCUGAAGAGGAGGAACUGAGGAAGAAAUGGCAGUCUGCUCUUGGCCCCAGCAAUGAAGUAGUAGUGGCCCAGGUUGAGAAGUUCAGCGAGAGCAGCGGGCUGGGCAUCAGCUUGGAGGCCAGCGCUGGCCACCAUUACAUCCGCUCUGUCCUGCCAGAGGGGCCAGUCGGACGCAGUGGUAAGCUCUUCAGUGGAGAUGAGCUGCUGGAGGUAAAUGGGAUAUCCCUGAUUGGCGAGAGUCACAAGGAGGUGGUGAGCAUUCUGAAAGAGCUGCCAGUGUACGUGUGCAUGACAUGCUGUCGCCCCGCCCCUCUCCUGCAGAGUGACAGUGAUGCUGCCAAUCCCAGCCUGGAAACGGGGGCCGCCCAGUCCACCGAGGAGGUACAGGGAGACUUCGAUGGCUUCAUCAUUCCCCCUGAAUCAGACAACAUUGUGAAGGAAAAUGUGACUGAAGAGACUCUGGGAUCUUCUUUGGCCAUGUGGGAAACGGAUAUCCAAGACAUUGAGUUGGAAAAGGGAGAGACAGGUCUUGGAUUUAGUAUUUUAGAUUAUCAGGACCCUGUGGAUCCAGCAAAGACGGUGAUAGUGAUCCGCUCCCUGGUGCCUGAUGGAGUGGCGGAGCUGGACGGGCGUCUGCUUCCCGGGGAUCGGCUCAUGUUUGUCAACGACACCAACCUGGAGAAUGCAAGCCUGGAAGACGCUGUGCAGGCACUGAAGGGGGCAGCCAUCGGGAAAGUCAGAAUUGGAGUGGCCAAGCCUCUACCUCCCAAACCUGGAAGGGACCAGUCCGACUUUCUUACUGCUCUUCAGUUUGACCAGGAGGAGCCGGCUGAGACUGCCCUUUUCCAUGCAGAACUAGCACUGAUUGACUCCAAUGACACAGACCUGACGGACGAGAAGACGUUUGAUCCUCAUUACUCAGGAGAGGAAGAUGACACCUUCCAAGCAUCCAUGCUAGCUCUGCAUGGCAGCACCUGCAGUGCCGAUCUGGACUACCAGAUGUCCAUGCAGGCAUCAACACCCAAGCAGGGUGCUCACGAAGACUUGUUUGCAAAGCCCUCCUUCCCAGCAGUGUCUGGAUUUGCUGACGAAGCAGAGCCCUUUUCCCCCGAAGAGAAACCAAUCACUUUCUCUCAGCCAUGGACGUCCGUGGGCUCCGCGCUGCCGCUCGGCCCGGUUAGCUGCAGCCCGUCGCUCGAGCGGCACUUAGGCGUAAUGGAGGAGGAGGGCUUGGCGACAGAGGUGGCACCCUCCGACUUCCCGGAGGGCCUUAGUGAUGAUGGCGAGCCUGUGGAAAUGAACAGGGCUGCCGAGGCAUUUCCAGAGUAUAAGGUCCACAUCAGAGACAGUGAACCCACAGGGCCAGCCAGUGGGGACACCCUCUCUAGAUCACCCCUCCAUGACAGCUUUGUAAAGAAAGAGAAUCUCUGUGUGGAAGCCAGCACUGUGGUGGAAGAAGAUAAGCAGCAGGUGACCUCAGGAAGCAGUUUUGAGAGGACAAUUACGGUUGUCAAGGGCAACUCUAGUCUUGGAAUGACAGUGAGUGCCAUUAAGGAUGGCUCAGGGAUGCUAAUUCGCAGCAUCAUUCACGGCGGAUCCAUCAGCCGAGACGGACGAGUGGGUGUAGGAGACUGCAUUUUGGCCAUCAACGGGGAGCCGACCACUAACCUCACCAAUGCCCAGGCUCGCGCCAUGCUGAGGAGGCACUCUCUCAUUGGGCCGGACAUCAGAUCUUCUUGCGCGCCAGACGACGAUCAGUGCCCCUUUUAUGUCAUCACGUACGUCCCAGCAGAGUACCUGGAGGAGUACAGAGCCAGCCUGGGCCGGCAGAAGGAAGAGGCCUUCCCUGAGAUACCCCCUGCUCCAAGCAGAGAGAUCCCUGAGCUUCCAGAACGAGAGGACGGAGAGGGAGAGGAGAGUGAGCUGCACAAUGCCGCGUACAACAACUGGAACCAGCCCAGGAAAGUGGAGCUGUACAGAGAGGCUGGGAAGUCUCUGGGCAUCAGCAUUGUGGGGGGGCGGGGGAUGGGCAGCCGCCUCAGCAACGGGGAGGUGAUGAGGGGGAUCUUCAUCAAGCACAUUCUGGAGGACAGCCCCGCGGGCCGCAACGGAACGCUGAAGACCGGAGACAGAAUCGUUGAGGUGGAUGGAGUGGACCUGAGAGAUGCUAGCCAUGAGCAGGCGGUGGAGGCCAUCCGCAAGGCGGGGAACCCCGUGACGUUCCUGGUGCAGAGUAUCAUCCAAAGGCCACGCAAGCCGCCCUUGCCCUUUCUGCAGCUAAACCCCCUCCCUGGGUCAGCCGUGCGCAACACUAAUCAAACUACAGCCUGCUCACUGCCUGCCCCGCUCCAGUCAUCGCCCACCGACUCCAUUGAGGAAAAGGAGGCAACAAACACCGCGUCUGGCAACGGCAAGGGGGCUGAGAGUCACUGUAGACUUUUCCUUCGCUCCUCCCCAACUAACCCUUUCACUCCUACUCCGUUUAAGCCACCGGGUAAUAGAGACACGGUGAAGGUUUUGCCCCUCGCUCCCUCGCCCCUCACCCUGCCGGUGGUUCCCCAUUUUGGGGAGACAGACACAGACACACUGACAGAAAUCCCAGACAGGCCAGUGCCGCCACAGGAUCUCCUGGGGGAAGAGGACGAGUUUGGUUACAGCUGGAAAAAGAUUAUCCAGCGCUAUGGCAGCCUGCCGGGAGAGCUGCACAUGAUCGAGCUGGAGAAGGGCAAGACAGGAUUGGGCCUGAGUUUGGCCGGGAAUAAGGAUCGCUCCAGAAUGAGCGUCUUUGUGGUGGGGAUCGACCCAUGUGGCGCCGCAGGGAAAGACGGUCGCAUCCUGGUUGGAGACGAGCUCUUGGAGAUAAAUGGUCAAAUUCUGUAUGGUCGCAGCCAUCAGAACGCCUCAUCUAUCAUCAAAAGUGCACCGUCGAAGGUCAAAAUAAUUUUUAUCAGGAACACAGAUGCUCUCAACCAGAUGGCUGUAGGACCAGUAAAGGAGUAUGGAGACAUGCUGGACUCGCAGACAGAGCUGGACACAGAUGCUGCCGUUUCACCCUCAGCGAUUGAUGUUGACAUGUUCAAGUAUGUGCAGCACAUAACAUUGCCCAAGGAUCAGGGUGGAUUGGGAAUCGCCAUCAGUGAGGAAGACACCAAGAGCGGUGUGGUGAUCAAGAGCUUGACUGAACAUGGAGCAGCAGGGAAGGAUGGCAGAAUAAAAGUUGGAGACAAAAUCCUAGCUGUGGAUGAUGAGCUGGUUGUAGGCCACCCUGUGGAGAAGGUGAUUAAUCUCCUGAAGAAGUCAAAGAGUACCGUGAAGCUGACCGUCUGCACAGAUGAGUCUGUGCCCCUCUCUUCCUCCAUAAAUCCAGGGAGGAGAAUAUCUGAUGGACGGAUAACCAGCAUUACCAGUGUCCCAGUUGUCACUGCUGGACCCCCAGACACAGAGCCAAUCAGGAGUUCCAGCAGGUCAUCCACUCCUGCCACCAUGACCUCUGACCCGGUGACCUGUCCCAUCAUCCCCGGCUGCGAGACCACCAUUGAAAUCUCGAAAGGACGCACUGGCCUUGGCCUCAGCAUUGUUGGCGGUUGCGACACACUGUUGGGGGCCAUCAUCAUUCAUGAAGUCUAUGAGGAGGGAGCUGCUUCCAAGGAUGGGAGGCUGUGGGCUGGAGAUCAGAUACUGGAGGUUAACGGCAUUGACCUGAGGGUCGCCACGCACGAUGAAGCUAUCAACGUCCUGAGGCAGACCCCGCAGAAAGUGCGGCUGACUGUGUACCGGGACGAGGCCCAGUACAAGGAGGAGGACAUGUGGGACGUCUUUUCCGUGGAGCUGCAGAAAAAGGCCGGCCAGGGACUAGGCCUCAGUAUAGUCGGGAAAAGAAACGAUACAGGGGUCUUCGUGUCGGACAUUGUCAAAGGGGGUAUAGUGGAUGUUGAUGGAAGACUGAUGCAAGGAGACCAGCUCCUUUCUGUAAAUGGGGAAGAUGUUCGCUCAGCUACACAGGAAUCUGUGGCCGCUUUACUGAAGUGUUGCACUGGGCCGAUAAACCUUGAAGUGGGCAGGUUUAAGGCUGGGCCUUUCCAUUCAGAGAGGAGGUUCUCCCACAGCAGUCAGUUCAGUGAAACAGGAAGCUGUGGAGUGGCUCCUCACAGUCUGUCAGGUUCUGGAAUCUUCCAAGGGGAUGUGGAGACCAGAAGGAAAAGCUAUGACUUGUCUGACUAUCAGGAGAUCAGAACUGUUGAGUUCACAAAGGAACCUGCGGACUCUCUGGGGAUCAGCAUUGCGGGCGGAGUCGGGAGUCCCCUCGGAGACGUCCCCAUCUUUAUCGCCAUGAUGCACCCGACCGGACUGGCGGCCCAGACACAGAAGCUGAAAAUUGGAGACAGGAUUGUUAGCAUUUGCGGAACUCCUACAGAGGGGAUGAGCCACACCCAGGCUGUCAGUCUGCUGAAGAAUGCCUCAGGGACCAUCGAGCUGCAGGUGGUGGCAGGAGGUGACGCCAGUGUCACUGGCCCUCCCCAGGAGCAGACAGCUGCCACUCUGUCUCUCCCGGGCCUCUCAGCGAGCAGCAUCUUCCACGAUGACCUAGGGCCACCGCAGUACAAGACAAUCACAUUGGAGAGAGGUCCGGAUGGUCUGGGCUUCAGCAUCGUUGGGGGCUUUGGCAGCCCACAUGGGGACCUCCCUAUUUAUGUGAAGACUGUGUUCGGCAAGGGCGCUGCCUCUGAAGAUGGCCGGCUGAAACGUGGGGAUCAGAUCAUCGCUGUGAACUCACAGAGCCUGGAAGGCGUCACCCAUGAAGAGGCUGUGGGGAUACUAAAGAGGACCAAAGGAACUGUCACACUCACUGUGCUCUCAUAAAUGUUCACUCACUGGAGAUUACCAACGUACACAAAUACCCUUUGACUGUACUUGUAGCAAUGAACACUGUGAUUUUUUCCCCACUUCCCUAAAGUACAGUAUGUACCUGCUGCAGGUAUACCUAAUGCAGAUCACAUAACCUAUAAUACUACACAAUGGAACUACUGAAGCGAAUUCAUGUAGGUGAUUCUACAACAGUUUUUCAGGCAUACUACCUGUCAAGGUAUUACUGUGGGUAAAAUGUAAGGUGACAUGUAUUUAUAUAUGAGUGUGCCUCUCAAUGCUAACUGCUGUUUCAGCCACCAUGUUUCCUUUGUUGUUUUUUGUUUAAGAAUAUCUUGUCCAAAGGCGCAUAUAUUAAUAACUAACUGUACCCUUUGAACAUAAAAAAACAAAAAGUUGUUGAGCAGAGGUUGGAAGAAUGACAAGGUAUCCUGCGCCUUUAAGAUAAUCUCAGAAUACAGUGAAAGGUAUGCAUGGUGUUGAAGAGACUGCUGAAGGCUGACCAAAUAAUCACUCAAGAUGAAGUCAUGACCUACACUGCAAUCAAUAAACUGACCAACACAUAAGUGAUAUCUGUCACUUAAGCUAUCAAUGUAAGGCAUCAAGACAAGACUUGUCUAGGAAGCUUUUGUGAAAAAAUAAUAUCUCACUGGCUGCACAGGAAAAUCAAAAAUGAAAUUACUAUUACAUACACUGUUGUGGAUACACCCAAUGUAUUUUAAAGAUGUAGAUGGACUUAAAUAUUUUUAGCUGAAUAUUUUGAUAUACAAAUCUACUUAUAUACUAAUAGUAUAAAAGAAUAAUAAAGGCUAGAAGACAAAUUGUUGGAUAUUAACCAAUUUUCCACAACCAAACAGACACUUUUUGAGAGAGUGAGUUACGAAUGAUAGAGAAUGUAGCAUUGAAUCAUGUGAAGGAGAAUCUCUCAGGGAA